AUGUCGGAUAGUUCAUGGCGUUCGGUCUCUGGGAAACUUGCGGCACGGGGGUUUUUGCGUGUCGCAAGGAUAGGCAUUAAAGCUAACCGUGGUGUAGGAUCAGCUAUAGCCCUGAAGCCCACGCAACGUGGCGCCAAGGUCGCCGCACAUUUUCUCAUCGGCAUUAGUCUUGCUGCAGAGGUCAUCCACAAGACCAAGUGCCUGAGAAACGGGCCUGACGUCACUGCCUCUGAGGCAAAUGUUGAAAACGCCGAAGAGAUUGCAAAGUUGAUGGACAGUGCCGUUGCCCACUUCGGUGGUCUCGAGAUAUGUUGCUCCAAUGCUGGCAUGCACUCUUCUGGUCAUUUUACAGGUUCUUCAGCAACCGAUUUCGACCGCAACGCAACAUAA